ACAGUGGAGAGAGAUUGCGCUCUGUUGGAGAGGACUGAGCUCCAAGGCAAACUGGAGAACCUAGAGCAGGUGCUGAAGCAUAUGCGAGAGGCUGCAGAGAGGAGGCAGCAGCUAGAAUUAGAGCAUGAACAAGCCUUGGCCGUCCUCAGUGCCAAGCAGCAGGAGAUUGACCUUCUGCAGAAGGCUCAAGUUGAGGCUAAGAAGGAACAUGAAGGUGCCGUCCAUCUGUUAGAGAAUCACUUGGACAGCAUGCAGCUGAGAAGUUUCCUUCGCACUAAGAACACAAUGCGAUUUUUGGCUAAAGUGAGAGAAUUGGAGGAAAAAUGCCGGACACAGAGUGAGCAGUUUAACCUGCUGUCAAAAGAGUUGGAGAAGUUCAGGUUGCAGGCUGGGAAGUUAGACAUCCUGAGCAGCAGUCAGCUGACAGGGGGCGACUCGCCCGGCUCACCCACCAAACCCCUCACCCUCUCCCAGCUCCUCAACGGCCUCACUGCCCCCUCCGGGAAAGGUAAUGAGGAUUCGAUGAGUAAGAUCUCAGAGCUCAUUCGGCCUCUGCAGAUGACUGAGGGGGAGAAGGUAGAGCUCCUGUCUGUCAAACCCACCUUCCUGUCACGCAGCACACCCUCCAGCCCACGGCGGGCCUUCCUCUCAGAGGUGCGGCCCGUCAUCGCCACUGCUAUGGACAAAGAGCAAGGCUCGUCCCCCAGGUCUAAGUCCAGAUACACAGGCAAAGUGCGACUGUGUGUUGCCCGCUACAAUUAUAACCCUUAUGAUGGCCCCAAUGAGCAUCCUGAAGCAGAGCUCCCCCUGGUGGCUGGGAAGUACCUGUAUGUUUAUGGGACCAUGGAUGAGGACGGCUUCUAUGAGGGUGAGAUGUUGGACGGACAGCAGGGUCUCGUUCCCUCCAACUUUGUGGACUUUGUCCAGGAUGAGGAGCUCCCGUCGGUUCCUCUCUUGGACCGCAUCAAGGAACCGUCCUACCUCAACCACAGCCCCGCCUCCAUGCCCAGCAGUGCCGUGAGUACACUCAGCACGCUGCUCUCAGAGAAGCUGGAUGCCCUGGGCUCGGGCACCGGGACGGGCACCAGCAGCAGCAGCGGGGUGAGCAGCUUGGGCAUGAGCAUGGGGCUGGGCAUGGACUUUCUGGGACCCUGCAGCAAUGGCACAGGCACGCUGGACGUGAACAUCGACGAGAUUGGAGAAGACAUCGUGCCUUACCCCCGCCGCAUUACCUUGAUCAAGCAGCUGGCCAAGAGCGUUAUCAUAAGCUGGGACCCUCCGGUGGUGCUGCCCGGGUGGACGCCCACCAGCGGCUACAAUGUGCUGGUGGAUCAGGAGGUACGCAUGAGUGUGCCCUUCGGUGGCCGCACCAAGUCUUUGAUCGAGAAGCUGAAUCUGGCCUCCUGUACGCACCGCAUCUCCAUCCAGAGCAUGACGGAGCGGGGGCUCUCCGAUCCGCUGCGCUGCACACUGCUGGUAGGGAAAGAUGUGGUGGUGGCGCCCUAUUACCUUCGUGUGGAGAACAUCACGCAAGUAUCGGCUGAGCUCACCUGGAUGCCAAGCAACAGCAACUACAGCCACAUGAUCUUCCUGAAUGACGUGGAGUAUGAUGUUGUGAAGCCUGGAGGGUACAAAUACCACUUCUACAACCUGAAGCCCAUGACGGUGUAUAAGAUACGGGUGGUGGCCCGGCCCCAUCAGAUGCCCUGGCAGCUUCCCCUUGAGCAGAGGGAGAAGAAGGAGGUCUCAGUGGAGUUCUGCACACAGCCAGCCGGUCCUCCUUUACCUCCUCAGGAUGUUCAGGUUCAGAUAGGACAGACACCAGGAGUCUUGCAGAUCCGUUGGAAGCCUCCUCCCCUCACUUCUACCGGCACUUCCAAUGGAGCCAAUGUAAUCGGAUACAUAGUCUGCACUAAAGGUCAAAAGAUAGCAGAGAUAAUGUACCCCACAGCAGAUUUCGUUACGGUGGAACUGAACCGUAUCCAGUGUCUGGAAGCGCGGGAGGUCGUCGUGAGGACAAUAUCAGCACAAGGAGAGUCACAGGACUCUCCAGUGGCCGCCAUUCCGCACAACCUCCUGGUGCCUCACCCCCACGGACACCCCCCUCACCCGCCUCCCUACCCACAAGCCUACCCCCCAACCCAUCCACAACCGCAUGUCCAGCCCCAUUCCGUCCCGCCAUCCCACCCUCAUCCACCACCCUCGCACCCCCACGCCCACCCAUCGCCCUCCCCGUACCCCAUGUCUAAACCCAAACGCCUACCAAGUGCCAGAGACCCCCAUGCCAAAGAGCCAGAGAUGGGCAGGCGAAUGGGACAGCCCUGGGAGCCACAUCCCCGGGCUCCGUCACCCCUACCGCACCCGGGACACACACUGGAGCCCCCUCACGUAGAGGGCCGACGCUCACCCUCCCCUCAGAGGAUCUUGCCUCAACCUCAGGGAGUGCCCAUUCCCAACACAGUGGCUCGUGCUAUGGCCCGCCAGGUGGCGCAGAGGAGCGCCCCGAAUAGCAGGGUGGAGAGGAGGAACAUCUUUAGUGAGAGAGGUAACACUCUGCAUUCAUUAAACUCAGACGAGGAGGAGGACGGGUACGAUUCGCCUCACGCCAGGCGAAGAGGAGCUUCUGUGGACGAGUUUCUCAGAGGUUCUGAGCUGGGCAGACACCAUCAUCACUAUAGCCACAGUGAGGAGUACUACACCGAGAGCAGUCGGGGCUCCGAUCUGUCUGACAUCAUGGAGGAGGAUGAGGAGGAGCUGUACUCGGAGAUGCAGCUGGAAGAAGGGCGGCGCCGCAGCAUCAACUCACACAACACAUUAAAGAUUUUAGGGAGUUCUCCCUCAACGGGACGCUCGGAUCGACUGGACCAUUCCGGCCAUAGGGCGAGUCAUGGCUGUCCACCGGCUCAGAGAAGGCCAAUGACAGUCCCUUCCAUUGAGAUCACCGUGGAGAAUAACAGUGAGGGGAGUGAGGGAAACCUCUCACCUAUCAAGGACAAUGUUUACUAUACCAAUGUAGCCCACCGCAGGAAAUGGUCCCCACAGCGAACAGAGCACCGAUAUGAUGGUUAUGGAGGACGUGACCGGCGGUCUCCAGACUACUAUGAGUCAGAGCCAGAGGACUUGUCCCGACUCUUUGUGGCCAUGUUUGACUACGACCCCUUGUCAAUGUCUCCUAACCCCGAUGCUGCUGUAGAGGAGCUUCCCUUCAAGGAGGGCCAGAUUAUAAAGGUGUUUGGAGAGAAGGACACAGAUGGAUUCUAUAGGGCAGAGAUCUGUGGCCGCAGGGGGCUCAUCCCCUGUAACAUGGUCUCAGAGAUCCAGACGGAUGAUGAUGAAAUGUUGGACCAGCUGCUCAAACAGGGGUUUCUUCCUCUCAACACGCCCAUUGAGAAAAUAGUAAACUGUAAUAGGUUCAAAGAUGGCCGUUCAGUUAAUCGCAGGUCCAGGAAAUCCAAGAGAGAGAGGAACAAAAGGAGUGGAAGGCAGCACCCGGUGUCGACGCGGAGGAUGGUGGCCCUGUAUGACUAUGACCCCAGAGAGAGCUCUCCUAACGUGGAUGUGGAGGCUGAGCUGACGUUUUGUGCCGGCGAUGUGAUCACAGUGUUUGGAGAGAUCGAUGAGGAUGGCUUUUAUUACGGGGAGCUCAAUGGACACAAGGGUCUGGUCCCCUCCAACUUUCUUGAAGAAGUGCCUGAUGACGUGGAGGUUUACCUCACCAACACACAGAGCCGUCACUCCCAGGACCACCCGUCCCGGACAAAGAACAAAAGGAAGAAGAGUGUUCAUUUCACUCCGUAACGGCUCAGUAUCUGUCACGUUUGAUUUGGCUCCAACACCCUUGGUGAAGUUACCAUGCUGAAAGGUGAUAGAUUACUUCAAAAGACUGGUUCCCGUGGAAAAAGCGGGCCCUCCCAGAAGAAGUGCCACCCCCACAGUGCGCCCACACAUCCCGGGGUCCGGCCCCGCAGCCCAGGGGCCCGGCAGUCCCAUCCGGCGCCCCCGAGCUGACUCUAAGAAAACAGGACUGCUCUCCAAAGGAAAGAAUCUAUUGAAAAGGCUUGGUGCUGUCAAAUAGUUUCACAUAACUCUCUUCACAGCAGCCAGGUUAAGGAGGAUGGAAUUGAGGAGAAUUUACCUUAGAAGGUGGGAAAAAGAACCUUUCUCCCAUCUUCUGUUUCUGUAAUCACAUGGAUUGGCAAACUAAAAGAGAAAGGGAAAUGGUGGAAACUAUGGCUUUCAUGACCACAACUUCAGCUUUAUGCCUUUGAAACUGUAAUAAGUUCUGUUUGCCCAUGUUUGAUUCUUAAAAGCACAGAAAUGCUCACUAAUGUGAGUUACUAAGAUGUCUUGUUAUAAAUAUACAAUAGAAGGGAUGUUCUUGGAUAAUAAAAUAAAAUCUA